GAUAAAUAAGCCCCAGUGGCUGCUUCCUGGCUGUUAUUCUCAGCAUUGGAGGCUUCCCGUUUCCCCAGCAUCCCCCAUUCGCCUUUGUGCUGAGCUGAGAGACACAGAGAAAGCCACAAAGCCGCAAUUGCACCAAGGAGAAGGGCAGCUGCCGCAAUGCUGGGACUCCUCCCUGUGCUCCCCUGCCUGCUCCUCCUCUCCCUGACGGGCCCCAGCUCUGGCUCCGAUGACGAUGGCACCGUGGUGCUCACCACCAGCGGCCCCAUACGGGGCAAGCGCCUCCCGGACGGCUCUGGCACAGUCACGGCCUUCCUGGGCAUCCCCUAUGCCGAGCCCCCCGUGGGGGCCUUGCGCUUCCAGAAAUCACUUCCUCACCAGCCCUGGAGCCAAGUCCUAGAGACCACCAACUUCGGCAACACCUGCCACCAGCCUGCACUCCCUGCUUACCUUCAGGCUGAUGUCUGGUUAUCCAAAAUGCCACAGUCUGAGGACUGCCUCUUCCUCAAUGUCUGGGUGCCCCAUCCCCAGCCUAACGGGACGGCCCCCAUACUCAUCUGGAUUCACGGCGGGGCGUUUUUCGCAGGGGCAGCCUCCCUCGAUGUCUAUGACGGGCGCUUCUUAGCCGCCACCGAGAACGUGAUCGUGGCCUCCAUGAGCUACCGGCUGGGGGCGCUGGGUUUCCUGUCUCUGCCCCCAGCCGCCCCAGGGAACGCCGGCCUGUGGGACCAGCGCCUGGCACUGCGCUGGCUGCGGGACAACGCAGCCGCCUUCGGAGGGGACCCAGCCCGUUUCCACCUUUUCGGCCAGGACGCUGGGGCUGCAUCAGUCGGCUUCCACCUCCUCUCCCCGGGGAGCCGGCCCCUCUUCACUCGCGCCGGGAUGCAGAGCGGAGCCCCGAACGUACCCUGGGCUUGGAUUUCACUUGAAGAGGCCCAGGAGAGAGGCCAGAGGCUGGGCCAGCUGCUGGGCUGCACCGAUGGUAACAGCACAGCCCUGGUGGGCUGCCUGCAAGGGAAGGAACCUGGUGAGUUCUCCAAACACGAGUUCUCCAUCUUGAACCACAAGAAGCAACUGAGGCUGCCCUUUGUGCCGACACCAGAUGGGGAUUUUCUCCCUGAUACACCACCAAGACUCCUGCAGGCUGAGCACGGCCAGCGGAUACCUGUCGGGGUUGGUUUCAACACCAACGAAGGCUCCUACAUAGUAUACUUUGCUGCCUCUAGCCUCAACCUGGAAAACGCCAGCUCCAUCGGCUGGGAGGAGCUGCUGCAGGUGGUGAGGCUGAUAGUGCCAGGGGUGCCAGACGAGGCCAUCCAAGAUAUGGCACGAUGGUACAUCCAGGAGGGGGAGGAGCAGGGAGAGGCACGGUACCGAUGGGCCAUGGAACAGAUCGCUGGUGACUAUAUCAUUGUGUGCCCGAUACUGGAGAUGGCAAGGCAAGAGGCAGAGGCUGGAAAUCCUGUGUACACCUACCACUUCGCCCACCGUAGCAGCGGCUUGUCUAUACCUGAAUGGAUGGGGGUACCACACGGCUCUGAGAUUCCCUACGUGUUCGGGACCCUGGCAUCUGUUGUAGGAUCCAAUUACACAGAGGCUGAGAUAGCGCUCAGCCACAGGUUGAUGCAUUACCUUGCGGUGUACGCCUGGAGCGGGAAACCCAUGGUGGGGGAGGGCAGCGAGAAGCAGUGGCCCGCCUACGACCCCGCAAAGGAGAACUUUGAGCGCAUCGCCCUGAAGCCGCCCAAACCUGAGACGGCAUCAUCCGCCUCGCGCUGUGAAUUCUUGGCAUCACUGCUGUCAGAGAAACCAAAGGCCCCAGGAGCAGACGUGCCCAGCCUGGGGGGCCGUGAAUGAAGAGCUGAGCAAUUACAAUCCCCUAAAGGGGGGGAACCCUCCCUGCAGACAAGAGCCUCCAGUUCCCUGCAGAGAAGAGCCUCCAGUUCCUGUUAGUGCCUGCAAUUCAUUAACGAGGAUCCUGCUAAUGAACCAGCUGGGAAUCCACGGAUUGACCCUCCCUCAGCAAUU